UACAGUCAAAACAUUACAGCUGGAAUUUCUGGCAACCCAUUUCCUGACAGAAGAAGUGAAAGUAGAAGAUAUGAAGGACUUCUCAGUCAUUUUCUAUGUGUAAUGUUUCUCUAUAAAAAUGUUACAUGUACAAAAUGACCGUCGUUGCUGGGUAAUGGAUGAUCAACACGAUGUGCAGAAGUGGCUCCUUCUACUGCUGCUCAGCGCACAGGCGGCGUCCCACUCCCUCCAAUACAUCAUCACUGAAACCACUCCAGGAACAGAUCUCCCAGAGUACACUGUGGUUGGUCUGGUGGAUGGAGAGCAGUUUGUAUACUAUGACAGCAACAUCAGGAAGAUGAUUCCAAAGACGGAGUGGAUGCAGAAGAAUAUGGCUGAAAAGUACUGGACCAGUGAGACACACAAGCAGGAUCAAGUUCAAGUGAUCUUCAGGGCUAAUCUGGCUAUUUUAAUGAAGAGGUUUAAUCAGACAGACGGGGUUCACACGUUACAGAGGAGGUCUGGCUGUGAGCUGUGUGGAAACGGCACCGUUACUGGAUACUUUCAGUUUGGUUACGAUGGAGAAGACUGGAUGAGUCUGGAUAUGAGCACAUUAACCUGGACUGCAGCACAUCAGAAAGCUCUUAGUACCAAACUCAAGUGGGAGGCUGCUGGAGAUCCAAAUAACAGGAAGCACUAUCUGGACUACGACUGCGUCGACUAUUUACGGAAGUAUGUGGAGUACGGCAGAUCCACUCUGGAGAGGAAAGUUCCUCCUGAGGGGUGUCUGUUCCAGAAGGACUCUUCUUCUCCAGUGGUGUGUCAUGCUACAGGUUUCUUCCCCAAAGCAGUGAACAUCUCCUGGCAGAAGAAUGGAGGGGAUCUGCAUGAGGACGUGGAGCUCAGAGAGACGCUACCCAACCAGGAUGGAACCUUCCAGAAGAGGAGCGUUCUGACCGUCUCACCUGAGGAGCUGGACAGACACAACUACACCUGCAUCAUUCAGCACAGCAGCCUGGAGGAGCAGGUGGUGCUGCAGGUGUCUGAACGCAGAGUCCUGUCAGAUAAAGGAUCAAGUAUCGUCGUCAUCAUCUUUAGCACAGUGGUGGCUGGUCUUCUUCUCAUCAUUGUCUGUGUUGGACUUUUCAUCUGGAAGCGGAAGAAGUCUGCUUCUGAGGAAGCCUCACCAUCCAUCAGCUCCUAAAGACCAAAGGUCUUCAGGUUUAUUACAGAGAGUCUUUCUUACACAAUAUGAGGUUUUUGCAGUGUUGCAGAUCAAGUGCUUUCAAUGUGUGUUACAACUCAGUUGAGUGUCUUCAUGGUCAGGAUAUUAUUUCUUUAUUGUGGAUUCACCAAAUGGCUCAAAUUCAAGUAGGAGUGGGCAAUAUGAACUUAUUCAUAUCACAGUAUUUUCCAUUAUUCACACAGUAACAAUCUGAUAGUUACAAUACAGAAAAAAAGGUGAAAACAUUAAUAAUAGCAUCAGUAAAUGAAUGGCAGAAAAACUGCAAAUCUGGCAACCCUGAGUCACAGGAUUAAUCUGUUUUGUCUAAUUGAGCGAAACAAAGGAGUUAAAAUGGAAACACUUGGAAAGUAACACCACAUCUGGACAAAUGUUCGCCGUGUGCACACCCGUAUUACAGGGAUCGGUAUAGUGUAGUGGGUAACACCUCUGCCUUCUACACUGUAGACUGGGGGUCAGUCCACCACCAGGGCAGCAACCUACACUAUACCAAUAAGAGUCCUUGGGCAAGACUCCUAACACUACCUUUGCCUACCUGUGUGAAAUGAUCACGUCAGCCAAAUGCUGUAAAUGUAAAUUACAGCAUCCAUAGAGCAGCAAAAUUCAUAUAAUGAGAAAACGCCAUACCGGUUCACUUUUCCCUGGUAUACCACCCACUCGUAACUUUAAGCAGUGCCAUUAGAGAACCUGCAGGGCCUAAACAUGUUCUUCAGUGUCAGAUUACGGAUUAGUACCAGGUCAGACCAGCCCUCAGACUCCCUCUCCUUGGGCAAGACUCCUAACACUACCUUGUGUAAAAUGGUCAAAUGGUAAAAUAUUUCAGUCCAUUAAUCUAUAGUUAUAGUUAAAUUCCACGUUUUGUUAGUUUUCUGAAACAUAUAUAAAUAAGGGAACAUCCUCUACAGAGACACACUUCUGCACAUUUUAAUACACAAUUACUGUUUACUUACUGAAUUUAAUAUCAGGAAAAAUAAAACAACAUGUAGCCAAAGCAAAAGUAAUGACAUUAUAAUUUUUCAAACAUUGAAUUAAAUAGUGCAUUAAAACGUGUAGAGGCGUGUUCUCUGUAGAGGAUGUUACUUUCACUUAGAAACAACAAUGCAGUUUUACAUACAGUUGUAUUGAUGUUAAAGAGAGAAUUUGAUACUUUAUAUUUGGGUUUAUCUGCGUUUUGAGCCACACAUUUGUUUUGUGACUUGUUUUGCAAGCAAAAUUGGUGUUAAAUGUGCAAUAUAUUCAACAGAAUGGAAUAAUGCAAUAAAUAUUUUAUUGUAAUGCAUAAAAUCAAUUGUACAGAAGUUGUAAAUAAUACUUUUGUAAUAUUUAUUAACAGUACGUAUUUAGUUAUAUAGUGCCCUGCUGUGUAAGCCAUGUCUGUUUUUUUUAAUGGGUCUUUAUUUGUACUGUUCACAUUAGCAAUGCUUUAUGUUUGUGAUUAAAUGUUAUAUUUGUCUCCUGACUUUAAGGCUCAUUUUUUUCUUGGUGUAUCUUCAUCA